UCACUCCAUCCCGAUCCCGUGACAUGUGUCCCUGUCACACGGCCCCGUGCCCGUGUCCCGGCCGCUCCUGCCGGCGCUCUGCCCUCCCCGCUGCUCCCGGCGGGCGCUUUGGGCAGCAUCACGCCCAAAUGCCGUUCUGAACGGGGCUCCCGGCUCUGCACCUGCCUGCCGGUGCCGCCAGAGCCGGGAGCACCACCGGGGGGGCGGGAAAGGCGUCCGGGAGACGCCGCAAUGAGUUGAUUUCUGUGCUAGUGGAAGUUUGGAAAUUGACUAAACAGAGAUGCCAGAGCCGAGCUUGGAUAUCCCGAGUGUUCCAGACGAUUUUAGGCGUCAGGGGAUUAUCAGGUAGAUGCAAGACUGGGAGUUAGACUCUCUCGGUUACUUUUCCAAAUUCAGAACAGCUCCAUUCACGGACACUUUUUUAGGUUAGAUUAAAAAUAAAUUGAGAUCAGCAUGUACGUAUAGACUUGUACAGAAAUAACUGAAGCAGGGAACCAGUUUAGUCAAUUUCCGUAUCAGUCGUGUUUCAGGUCUUUAUUGUAACACCCUUUCCCGGUCUGUUGGUUAAAUGUUCACCCAAUUGCAACAAGUAACAAAUUUAAAAUAACAAAUAACGAAUGUUAAAAUAACAAGUAACAGCUACAUUCUUGUUGUGCGUUUCCUUUGGAUCAGUGAAGGCCUCUGCCGGUGAAGCAGCCUGGCACAGGGAUCUGUGUUCUGUAGCACGAAAUUUUCCCGACCAUUCGAAGCUGUGAGCGUGAAAAGCACACACCUGAAUGGAAAGGUUAUUUUCAGCAGGUAAUUUUUUGAUCCAGCUCAGCCCACAGCUCCACUGCCAGCUUUGGGAGAUGGUGGAAUUCCUGGAGCAGGUCAGGCAGGGCAUGGAGCUGCCCCUUUCAGAGUCAGCCUGGGCUUGAAUUAGAUUGGCAUCACUACAAAGCCACAGCUACAGAAAAAUCAGAUAACAAUGUACGUGUGUCCAUGAGGCAAGAUGGAGAGGAGAUAGUACAGUGAGGCGGUGCCUUGUGACAGGAUGGCUUUCCUGGACAACCCCACCAUCAUCCUGGCCCACAUCCGGCAGUCGCACGUGACCAGCGAUGACACGGGGAUGUGCGAGAUGGUCCUGAUCGACCACGACGUGGACCUGGAGAAGUUCAACCCCUCCUCAGCCUGUGGGGACAGCGGGGCAGAGCCCCAGGGCAGCAAUGGGGACACUCAGGGCUACGUCUACUCCCAAUCCGUGGACAUUACCUCAAGCUGGGACUUUGGGAUCAGGCGCCGGUCGAACACAGCUCAGAGACUAGAACGUCUGCGGAAAGAGAGACAAAAUCAAAUAAAAUGCAAAAACGUUCAGUGGAAAGACAGAAAUACUUCUUGCUCAGCAGAGGAGCUGAGCUCACUGUUUGAAAAGAAGAAUUUUAGGGUGAAAUCCCCAUGUUCUGGGAAGCAGUCCAUCCUCUCUGUGAGACUGGAGCAGUGCCCACUGCAGCUCAACAACCCCUUCAAUGAGUACUCCAAAUUCGACGGCAAGGGCCACGUUGGUACAACGGCAACCAAAAAAAUCGAUGUCUACCUCCCGCUGCACACGAGCCAGGACAAGCUGCAGCCCAUGACCGUGGUGACCAUCGCCAACGCCAAGGUGCACGACCUGAUCGGGCUCAUCUGCUGGCAAUAUACAAGUGAGGGACGGGAACCCAAGCUGAAUGACAAUGUCAGCGCCUACUGCCUGCACAUCGCCGAGGACGACGGCGAGGUGGACACGGACUUCCCGCCCCUGGACUCCAACGAGCCCAUCCACAAGUUUGGCUUCAGCACGCUGGCCCUGGUGGAGAAGUACUCAUCCCCGGGGCUGGCAGCCAAGCAGUCGCUCUUCGUGCGCAUGUUCAAGAGGAGAAGAGGUGUCGGAGGAGGACCCCCAGAUCGACAUUGCCACGGUGCAGGACAUGCUCAGCAGCCACCACUACAAGUCCUUCAAAGUCAGCAUGAUCCACCGGCUGCGCUUCACCACGACGUGCAGUUAGGUAUUUCUGGAGACAAGGUAGAGAUAGACCCUGUUACUAAUCAGAAGGCCAGCACUAAGUUUUGGAUUAAGCAGAAACCCAUUUCAAUCGAUUCUGAACUCCUCUGUGCCUGUGACCUUGCAGAAGAAAAAAGCCCAAGUCAUGCAAUAUUUAAACUUACAUAUCUAAGCAAUCAUGACUACAAACACCUUUACUUUGAAUCAGAUGCUGCUACUGUCAAUGAAAUUGUACUGAAGGUUAACUAUAUUCUAGAGUCGCGAGCAAGCACAGCCAGAGCAGAUUAUUUUGCUCAGAAACAAAGAAAACUGAGCAGGAGAACAAGCUUUAGCUUCCAGAAGGAGAAGAAGUCGGGGCAGCAGUGAGCGUGGAGCAGAGCCUGCGUGCGGCGCUGGAGCCGCUCCGCCCGGCGGCGGCGCGGGCGCGGCUCCUGCCCGGGGCUGGCGGCCGGCCGGGAAUCUGAACCAUCCCGUCUCUCACGGCUGGAAGAUUCUCCCUCCUCGGCGGUGGGAAGUCUCCCCUGUGACAGAAAUAAAGAGCCAUAUCAGCCGGAAAGAAGACUGUUACGCUUCAGGUUCCUUUGAUUAGAAAUAAGAGAAUGACGUAGACUGGCAUCAUUUAAUUACUGUAUUAUGUACAAUCACAAGAAGAGAUGUGAUUACAUAUUAUUUCACAGCCUGGUUAAAAUAAAUUAUAUACAUCUGUAAUCCACCCACGUACACGCAGGUAUUGCUUGUGACAUGAUCAAAUUUCUAAAAACAAAAUGUAGGACAAAUGUAUCCAUUUUUACUAUUAAUAAACAGAUGUAAUCUUUUUCAAGGUCCAUAUGAUGCACAGUUCUUUUGGGGGGAGGCUGCAGUCCCAGAUGGUUUCACUUCUGUUGCUGAAGUGCAGGAGGCAUCCGUGAGCCAGAACAGCAGCCGUGGCAGGGGAGUGCUUAGCGAGGGAGCCCUGAGACAGUCCAGUCUGUUGUGUUUGUUUUGUUCAAAAAUAUUUUAUUUAACUGUGCUUUUCAGCUUUGCAAAUGCUUUAUUGGAAGUUCCUUGCUGAAGGCAGCACGGUGGUUGGAGAUCCGCAUCUUGGAGGUGGAGAGGAGAAUCCUCCUGCCCGGGACCCUCAGCUGGGGCUGGCACAUCCACUGGGGCACCUUGUCCCUGGGGACUCAGAAAUGCCUUCACCUUCUCUCAAUAUUAUUCUUUAACAAUAAAAAUUAAGACGUACUUUGUGCUGGGAUUUGCAACUAUUUUGGCCUUGUUCAUCCUUAACACAUCAGGGACCACAGGAAUGGAUGCUGGCACCCAGAGCCACACUGUUGGUUGAAUUCACCAGAGGUGUCUUUUGCAUCUCUCCAGGUCACUGGAGCUCUGCACACACUAUCAUAGAACUGCCCUGGUUCCCCACGGGGCUGGGGGCAGCUCCCUGGGGCACUGCCCACCCUCUGCCAGCCUCCCACCUUGCUUUUGUACAGAGAAAACUUCCUGAGCCUUAACACAGCGUGCGGGGCAGCCCCGGGCAGAGGGAGGGCCUGGGUCUCACCUGUUGUGUUUAUGUUCUGGGUUUCAGAAGCUUGGCCCUGCUCCACCGAGGCCAGGCCUCCCUGUACAGUCUUCCAUGAUAUCUGCAAAACAAGAGAAACACUAUUUUAUAGUAUUCUAUUAAUUUUUUUAAUAUUUUCUAUGUGCAAAUGCAGCACAGAUACAAUGGGAAAAGCCCCUUCGAUGUAAAUUACUC